CCGCGGAAACAAGUUUGCGCAUGUCGAAAUCUCGAAUUCCUGGCGACAAGGGAAGCCAAAACAACUUGUAAACAACUUUGAAGUUUUUAUGAAUUGAUAAGCAAACGCGCAAUGUAAAAGGUGGACGGUUUGAAAGCAGUAUGAAUUACGGGCUAUUAAACUUUAAGGCCCAGAAUGGAAAGCCUCAGAUAUUCUGGUCAAAUGAACAAUCAAAGAAGCAAGAAAGAAAGUUUGGUUACAAAAGUCGUGACCAGAGAUUCAACUUACGACAGUAUCCUACUGACAUGACAGCAGACUCUGACAAUUUACUUCAACCAGUAGAACAGCCAGAGGAAGAAAAACCCAAGAAACCAGCGAAAAAUUUUAUCAAAAGAAACAGAGAAACAAUGGGCAAGAAAACUAAAAAUAAAGAAAAUGGCAAUCUUGUCACACUCACACAGGAGCAACUGAAUGCCAUCCUAGCUUCAGUUGGAAAAGUUGCCUCAGGGAGAGAAGAUACACUUCGUAUAUCAAUGGAUGCAGAUAAACAUGUGAUAAAAGUAGAAUCACCGGGUAGAGAAGGAGAGGGAGAACACAGACGUAGGCAUAGAGAUAGAAAGAAGAAAGAUGAAGACCAAAGUAUAUUUGCUUUGGUUGAUGACAAUAAAAAGUCCAGUAGAGAUAAUGAUGAUAGAAGGAGAGACAGACGUGACAGAACUCCAGAAAGAUCUGACUCAGGGGAUAGAUAUAGAUCUAGAAAACAUUCAGGUGAAAGAGAUCACCACAGAAAACAUUCUGGUGAUCGAGAAUAUAGAAAUAAUUCUAGUGAACGUUACAGAGAUCAUUCAAGUGAUAGACAUAGAAAACAUUCUAGUGAUCGAUAUCGUAGAGAUUCGAGAGAAAGACGGCGAAGUCGAACUCCAAGUAGAGAGAGAUACAGGACACCUUCACGGGAAAGACGAAGACAUUCACCGGAAAACAGAUCUAGAGAAAGACGUAGACAUUCUCCAGAUGAAAGACACAGACAUUCACAUGAUAACCGAUCUCGGGAAAGAAGACAUUCCCCUGAUGACAGAUAUAGACGAGAUUCUUCAGAAGGAAGACAUAGGAAACAUACACCAGAUAGGGAUGAUCAUAAAAGUGAAAAACCCAAAGAGGAGAACCCUCCUUCACCAAGGGAAAUAGCAGGAAUACCUGUCACAUUGCCUUGGAAACACAUGACAAAAGCAGAAAGAAGGAGGUUAAUGAUAGCAAGAGAAAAAGUUAUGGCAGAUGAAACCAGAAAAGAAGAGGAGGAAAAGAGAAGAAAUUUUCAAGAUUUAGAAUUAAAGUCGUUAAAUAAAAAUUUCAAAAAAGAAGAUUAUCGCCGGGAAUCCCGGGAUGAUUAUCAUAGACGAGAUGAUGAUAGAAUUUCAGACUCCGAUCGAGGUUCUAGUCUGAAAACAUCAAGUUUGCCUCCGCCCGGUCCCACUAAUGCCAAAACAAGUCUAGGAGAAUUGAAAAGAAGACAGUGGGAAAGAGAAAGAGCUGACUCAACAACUACAGGAGAAUUUCAGCCAUGGGGAAAGCCAGGUGCUGGAGCUCCAAUACGUACAAAGUCAGGGAAUGUAGCAGCAGACUACGGCAAAAGAAAGGAUAAUGAACUAGAAACAGUAGAGGAAGAGCCUAGACAAAGACAUUACUCGUCUCCACCCAGAGAAAGAAGAGGAGAACCAUCCUAUUCAGAACCUUUGGACACGGUGAGAACACAAGAAGGUGUACCUGCUGCAAUGAGGUCUUCCAUAGUAUUUGGACAAGGUGCAGAUUCAGAGUCUGCCAUGAAGACAAAGGAGCUUGAAAGACAGAAAUGGGUUCAGGAAUUAGAUAAACAAAGGGAAGAAAAGCAGUUGAGAGAAUUAAAGGAAAUGAAUAUAAUCAAGGCAUCAGAGGAAACAUGGGCAGACAAAUUUAGCAAUCCUUAUAGGCCUGCACCACUACCAGAUCAGUCAGUUAAACAGUAUGGGCCAGAGGAACAUCUGAUAACCAAAGAGAAUAUCCUUGAUACAAGAAGGACCAGUAGUGCUCCAAAUCAAUUUCCUGAGGAUGAUGAACCAAAGACUCAUAUAAGAGGACAGAAUGUCUUCAUGGAUUCUGUAACUCAGAAAGAACAGGAAGAAAAAAGGAAACGUCACCUGGAACACCAGAAUGCAAUAAUGGAACAAGUAAAAGAAAAACAGAGAUUGAAACAAAUGGAAAAGGAAAGAAAAAUGAAAGAGGAUAUGGAAGAAGAGAUGAAAUUACAGAAAGAAAGAGAAAAACAGCAGAAAAUAUUUGAUUCAGACAUCCAGAAAAAUAAAGCAAGAGAGAUGAGAAGACAACAACAGGUGGAGAAUUUAAAAGCAGCUAUGGAUGAAGCAAAUGAAAUUGCUCAGCGUGAGAAGUAUCAGAAACGUAUGCAGCAUUUGGAAGAAGGAGGACAUGAUGUUUCACAUUUGAAAGCUAAUCUGCAGGAGAAGCAGUCGACAGCUAGAUAUCCUGCCGUAGAAACUGUUCGAGAACCACCAACUACUAUUAGAGAUCAGUUUUUCACAUCACAACAUUACUACAGUCACAAUAUGGCCGACAUAUUGACAGGCGGUCGCUUAGCUAAGUUGACACCAAGGGCUACUGAACCAACAUAUGUACCAGGUUUAAACCUUGAUGUCUCACCUAGACCAAUACAAACAGACAAACACACAGACAAAUCCGGUUUGGCGUUAGAACCUUACACUGAGAAUAGAGUACUAACACCUAGUCAGUACAGAUAUGGACAGUCUCCAAAAAGAGAAUUUGGUACACAGACUGGUAACAUAGCAGUAAUUAAUGAAACUGGUCGUAGAAUGGAUCAGAGAACAUACAGAGAAAUGACUGAUGUUGACAUUGUGUACAAAGUUUCUAAGGGCAAAAAGGUUAGAGUAAAAAGUGCUACAAAAGAGGAAAGAAUGCCAAGAAAGCAACCAGCCAAUCAAAAAAGAUCUGUCAUUCAGAAAGAAGAACCAAAACCUAGAGAAACAGAUAGAAGAAGCAGGAGUAGGAAGAAAGAAUUAUGGAAUUAUCAAAAUCCUGCACACAAACAUCCAAAAAAACAAUCAGAAAAAGAUCCAAUUCAGCACAAACGUCAAGCCAGUGAACAUCGAAGACGGAUCAGAGAACAAGAACUUAUGGCAAUGGUAGAAAUGAAUAAAGAUAGAAUUCCCACAGAGAGGCUUUCAAGAUGUGGUUCUCAUUCUGAUGGAGAAACUACACCAAGAACUGAUAGACUUUGUCAUAGAAAUAAAUCACAUUCUCCUGUAGGGCAGCCAGAGGUCAAUCGUCUGGUUAUCAAUAGGUCAAGGUCAAGAUCACCUGAGCAGACAAACAGAGCACUUGUACCAUACAACAGGGAGCGAUCUCCAUCACCAUCUGUAUCAGUUAUAAGGACAGAUGAACGAUUAAAAAGAGUUCCCUCUCCACCUGUACCUGCCCUCAAACAUAAAAUAGGUGGGGAGGGAGGACUUGAUCAUCGAGGGAAGCUAUAUAAAUAUGGGGACACAAACCCUGUGACUUAUGAACUCGGUGAUAGUGACUUUGUGCCAUUUACACGAACUGUAGAGAUUUUAGACCCAGCCCUGGCUACUAAUCCACUUCCUCUUUCAAGGGAAACAACUAAAUUAGCAAAUGCUAGGAAAGCAUAUAUUAAAGGAAUGAAACCUGGUAAUUAUGGCAACAGGGUAGACGUGUAUGAAGAUAGGAUCAGGCUUCCUGGAGAAUCAAGAAAUAAUGAUAAGGACCCCAUUACUAACCCAUCUCUAGUCAAGAAUCAUCCCACACAAAGACAAGAUCAAAUACUGAAUCAACUUUCCAGUCUAAAAGAGAGUUUAAUACAACGACAAAGAGAACUUGAAACAUUCUCACCAACUGACUUGGAAUAAAUGAAACAUUCUCACCAACUGACUUGGAAAAAAAUGAAACAUUCUCACCAACUGACUUGGAAAAAAAUGAAACAUUCUCACCAACUGACUUGGAAAAAAAUGAAACAUUCUCACCAACUGACUUGGAAUAAAUUUUCUUCCUGCAUUUUAUUUUAUAUGUUCCUCUUUACUAGUGCCAAAUGUAUUUAUAUUAUAUUUUACUUCUGUAUCAGAUUGAGAUGUCACAGAAAAUCAACUCUUUGUUUUAAAGUUUUUUAUUAAGCGAGUGAAAAACAAAAUACCGAAGUAUUCUAAGGAUAUUUGAUAUAUUGAAUUGCAAAGAUAAUAGCUAGUUAAAUUUCUAAAAACUAAAUAGAUUUCAGUUGCUAUAUAUUAAAGCUUAAGUAGACUUAAUAGGCUUAGGCUUAGGCUCUUGAACAAUAGUAUCAAAAGAUGUAAUGCAGUUAAACAGUGAUGUCUGCCUUUAUAUAAUAUGUACUAGUAAGAAAAUAAUAUAUUUUGUAUUUCCUAUUCAAUAAUAUGGAAUAUACAAUAAUUGCUUUGAAGGUUUGAUCUGAAACUGUAUUGGUCAUUUAAACAUAUUUAGAAGCUUUAUGGUAACACGACUAAAUAUAUGAAAUGUGAUUCUAAAGAACCAGAAUUGUUAAGACAGCACAAAUACCAAAGACCAUAAUUCUGUGAAAAGUUAGUCAUCUAGAUUGAAAUGCAAAUUUGAUCUGCAAGUCAUUGCUAUACACUCAUAAACCAAAAAUCCCCUCAAUAUCUACAGACUUAACAAAAAAGUUCUAGAAAACUGUUGGAUUUAGGAAUGAAAUGGGUAAUACUAUAUGCCCCGGUAACUGAGUGGAGAAGGCAUAAACAAAAUUAUGAAAUGUUAACUAAAUAGUUGAGCUGAUAUUAAUUUGUACUUUUUAGAUGGAAGUGUUACUGUUGUCAUAACUAAAAUAACAUUUUUACUGUUUUUGAUAUUAUAAUUUUCUAGACCAGAGUGAGUUGUUAGUUAUUUGUUUUUUUAUUCUCAUAAAUUCUAUGGCAUCUUUGCAAAUUAUCUCUUAGUUAAUAAUAUCAUAAUAACUGGAUCAUUUUUUUUUUACAUUCAACUGUCAUAUGUUUGAUACAUUACAUUCCAAAGAGAGUGCUAUAAUUUUGUAACUUUUUAAUAUAUAAUUACAUUUCACCUCAACCCUACAGUCAUUUAUCAAUUUUAAAGGGCAUUAGCUGCGAGAUAUAACAAAAAUAGAAUAUGAUUUUUUUUGUUCAAUCAUUAAUGAAAGUGAAAUAGUGAAAUAAUAAUUCGCCUUUAGCAGUCAGUGUAGUUCAAUUAUGUCAAAAUAAUCUAAGAAACAUUGUUGAUGAAUUAUUCUCUUGCAAGUGAAUAAUUCGAAUUCAUUGAAUCUGUUUUCAUGUGACCUUCAAUCUAACCCAGUAGCUACAGAUUGGUUACGCAUGUAUUAGUCAUGUUCAGCCAUUAAAAGGAAAAGAUGUCAACAUUGAAAGUGAAACAAAGUUGAACCAUUUCUUUGACUGAUUCGAUCCACCAAAAAUCAUUCUUAUACAGGUAUAAACGAUGAUUAACUUAUUAUAUCCGGUUAUGUGACCAUCAGCAGUCUUCAGAGGUCAUCUUGAUGGUUAAUUAGAUUGCGUCUAGACUAAAAUACACACGAAAUGAUGAUAAAUGUUAUCCAGUCUAUGUAUUGUUAAUUGAUUAUUUCAGACUUAUUGUAAUUUGAAUAUACGUUUUAGUAUGUUAUAAAUCAAAUAUGAGAAUUUGAGUCAAAUCGGUGAACAUGAAUUUGACAGCUAAUGCCCCUUUAAGUUUUUCCACUGGACGUUAAGCAAGCAGAAAUCAAUCAAGUAAUUUUAAGUCUAAGAUUACUGGAACUGACUUAGUAUUUGCAUUGUAGCAUGCUUAUAGUUUGACACACUGUAUAAAUGGCUUUUCUAUUUUUUAAGAUUUUAGGUUGACCUGUAAAUGCCUUUUUGUGUUGUUGUUGGUUUUCAGUCUCAUUGAAAAAUACCCAACAUCUCAUUUUAAUCAUAUUGCCUCAGGUUUGAUCCUCUGCAAAGUCAAACUCAAAACUUUUUAAAAAUUGAUAUAGCAGCCUUUUUGUUCAGUAUGAGGCAUUAAGCCUGGGGCAUGACCAAUUUUUCUGUUGACUGUUACUUGUUGGGCUAAGUUCUUUAAACAAGUUGUGCUCUGCAUUUAGGUCUACAACAAAGUAAGGUUUCUGCUUAUAUCAUAUGAAUAUGUUCCUAAGCUAAAUAUGGCAGAAUAAUUACCUGCUUGAUACUGAACAUCCAUCCAUACACAAAAAAGUUACUUGUCAUUUGGACUCAAAAUUUGUAAUUGACACUUUUACCAAAAAAAGGAUUGCCAUCAAAUAUUUGAAUAUCAACUUGCACCAAAAUCCAUGUGAUAUCAAACAAACUUUUAAAAUUUUCAUUAGUUCUUUAAAUCUAGAAUAAAAAAUGUUCAACAAAUAUUCUUCCACUCGCCUGAUUGUGAUAUGCAUGUUUGCUGUUGAUAUUAUGUGGUGCUGUUGAUUUUAAAUCAAAAAUUUUAGAUGACAGUUGUAAAUAACAUUCAUUUCUUUAUGUGAUGUAUAUUUGUAUGUGCAAAAAAAAAAGUUAGUGAAUAGUUGAGAUAUUAGUGCUCUAGUUAUUCUCAAGAAAUGUAAGCAAUUUUAUCUUUUGAAAAAGAAUCAACAAAGGAGGAAUAUAGACCAAAAACAUUGAUUUAAAUAAAUUGCUGGUGCAAAUAGCACACCUUCCUUGGGAUAAUUUGUUGUAGAAAUUGCACAGUUUUGGGAAAGCAAAAUAAAAUGUUAGCCAUGAACUUUAUUGAUUAAAAUAAGCUAUUUUGUUAAUGCAUAGGUUAUUAAAGGUCUAACUUAAGAUGCUGUCACAAGAUGCAUGUGAAAAGAAUAAACACCUGAUUAGCCAGAUAUAUUCAAAUUGUUUAUUCCAUGCUAAAAUGGAUGUGAUUAAUUAUAUGCAGUUUGAUAAUUCUACUCAAAUAUUACGUUUUCUCUAGUAUAUUGAAUUGGUGAAACCUCCCAAUUUUAUAAUUGUUAGUGCAUUAAAACUUAUUGUAUUUUCUCUGUUUUGUUUUACAUAAAAGAAAACAACAAUCCAGUAGUGUGGAACUAUUGUUUGAAAUGAAUUGAUUAGCAUUUAAUAAACUUAUAAUCUUCACUUGUUAUAUAGCACAUUUAAAAGUAUUUUUUAUUUAUGUAUUGCUUUUUUCAGUAAAUUCUGAUUUUCAUAGAUUGACUUAGCAUUGCAUUCAUCCCCUUUCACUAAACUAGUACACAUUUUUGUUUAAGGGGCCAACUGAAGCCUGCCUCAAGGUGCGGGAUUUUCUCGCUGUGUUGAAGACCCACUGGUGGCCUUGGGCUGUUUUCUGCUCUUUGAUCGGGUUGUUGUCUCUUUGACACAUUCACCAUUUCUUUUCUCAAUUUUAUGUAUAAGACUAGGGAACCUUAUUUAUACUUGACUUGUUUAAAACUUGGACUAUCUUAACAACUGUACAAUGGUGAAACAAAAUGUUAACAUGUUCUUCCUGUAACUGAAAGCACAGAGUUUGAACUUAUACAAGACUGUCAUUUUUGUUCUUGGUGUGUACAACACAAGCUUAAUUUCAUUGGUUAUUCUUCUCUUCACCCAACAAGUUACAAAAUGAUGAUUGUUUGGUUGCAAUUAAAAUUACAAACAGUUGCUCAAAUACAUUGUUGAAAAAAAGAUCUAGGAUCAUUUUAAUGAUAAUAGAAAAAAAAUACUUUGUACUUAUUUAGUUUUGAUAAAUGAAUUGUACAUAUUGUACUGAUAUUAUAUAUUUAUAUUUAUGUAACAUUUCAUUGAUGAUGAUUAAAUGAACAAUUAGAAA